ACAAACAUAACAUUUUUCUUCAAAUAGAAAUUGCAGAGCCUCUCUCUUUCUAUAUAUACAUAAAUACAUACAUACAUACGUCCAUUAUAUAUCUCUUAAUUAUCUUUCUUUUGAAGAAGCAAUGGAGACCAUGAAGAUGAAGAUGCUGGCAACUGCCUUGACGGUCCUCAUGUUCAUAGCACUCUCCUCCGUGAACGGUGUCUCCGCUGCCGAUCCUCCGGCUCCAGGCCCCACCUCCGACGCCGCCACCACCUUCAUUCCCACCUUCUUUGCCUCCGUAGCAGCCAUCGUUUUCGCCCUCCUCUUUUGAUCUGCCCAUGUUUUUACUUAUUGAUUUGAUGUGGGAUUUGUCUGGUUUGAUUUAAUGUAACUAAUAAGUUGGUUUGAUUGUUCAUUUUUGAAUUUAUUAUGCAUGUAAAAUGGUGAUUUUAAUUAAUUAUUAUUGAUUAAAAAGA